ACACCACUCGCAUUAAAUCACAUUCCUGCACUCAGAGGAAGGAAGAGAGAGGAAAAGGAAAGACAGGGAUGCUCUUAGCAGGUGCCAAAAACUGAGAGAAACGAGAGAGGGAGAGAGAGAGAGAGAGGGAUGGAUCAGGACUAAAGAAUUCAGUCAAGUUGUAGAAGAUCCUGGAACUAUUAUUGUAUUUUCUGCAGAAUGUUUUUUUGUUCGUAUUCCCAUGCGUCUCUCUCCUUUAUCUGUGUUUGAGCGCAUUCAUCUAAAACCGUUCACCUAAAUCCCGACUCGCAUUAGAGGUGUAUCCGGGGCCAAUAUCACUUGCACCAUGCUGUGCUCCUCUGUAUUUGUGGUGCUUCUAGUCCUUCUGGCCAAUCCGGUGCCGGGCCACACCCGAGCCCUGCACACCCCUCACAAAGCCAUGCAGGUCAUUGAGCAGUUUCUUGAGCGCUACAAUGACCUCUUGACCCUUGAUGAUCUUGAGAACCUUACGAGUGACCAGUCGGAGGAUCCCAUGCAGACCUUCAGCUCUGUGGUAAAGGUUGCAGAAUAUCCCAAGUGGAUUGACAUACCUUUGCAGAGCGAGAAUGCCUGGCUCCGCCUCUUGAGGGGGGCUUUGGCCAAUCAGAAGCGAGCUCCACCGGACCGGUUGCGGAGGGGAUGGAAUCGAGGCUGUUUUGGCCUGAAACUGGACCGGAUCGGCUCUAUGAGUGGCCUCGGCUGCUAAUAAUGAACUGAGAGAUGGGCCGAGACGAUGAGAUGACUGUUGUCCUGCUUAGCUUUAGGUAGAGGUCAUUACCAAACUCUUGUCUGGUCUGGGACCCUGUGAAAAGAGUUGUACAUAGGUGGACAAAUUCAUUAUAUCGUGUCUUUCAAUAUACUUAUUUUUACAUUGGCUUUAAAGUGACAUGUUGUUUAGCUGUAUUUCUAUAUUUAUUUCCUUAUGAAGGAAGCAAAGUAUUUUA